ACUCUACCAGCAAACAAUAUAACUUCAGAAUAAGCACACACUGUUCCACUUACAGUUCUCAAAAGAAUGGGAGGGCUUCUAUCCUCACCUAAAACUGACAAAUACAAUGAAACUGGUUGUGGCAAUGGACUUCGAUACGGGAUCUCCAGCAUGCAAGGCUGGCGUCUUUCAAUGGAGGAUUCUCACUGUGCCAUAACACAACUUCCUGGGAAUCUUAAGGAUUGGUCGUUCUUUGCUGUUUUUGAUGGCCAUGCUGGUGCCUUGGUAUCAGAACUCUGUGCCACAGAGCUGUUGAAGUGUAUUGUGGAUACUGAGGAAUUCAAGAAAAUCAAUCCUGACUUGGCACCUAGUUUACAAGAAGUAGAACGUGGCAUUCGCGAUGGUUUCUUAUCUUUGGAUGAUCGUCUUCGACACCUUCCUCAACUUGCUAGCGGUGAAGAUAGAUCAGGAUCCACUGCUGUCUGUGUGCUCAUAACACCUAAACAUAUUUUCUUUGCCAAUUGUGGCGACUCUCGUGCCAUACUCAUUCGAAAAGGUAAAGUUGCCUUUGCUACAGUUGAUCAUAAACCUGUAAAUCCAAAUGAGAAACAGCGUAUACAAAAUGCCGGUGGUUCCGUUAUUAUACAACGAGUAAAUGGUUCUCUUGCGGUUUCUCGAUCAUUAGGGGAUUAUGCCUUUAAAGCUGCUAAAGAUUUAGGUCCUACGGAACAACUUAUAUCCCCAGAACCUGAAAUCACUGUUGUUGAUCGUGAUAAAGAUUUAGAUGAAAUUAUCGUUUUAGCCUGUGACGGUAUUUGGGAUGUUUUAACUAAUGAAGAACUUUGUUUACUUUUGCAAAAUCGCAUGCGAUGUGUUGAUGACUUAUCAAUGAUAUGCAAUGAAACUAUUGAUAUGUGUUUGUAUAAAGGGAGUUCCGAUAAUAUGAGUAUGGUUCUAGUGGCAUUUGAUCCUGCUCCUCGAGUAGAUCCUACUUCUAAAACGGAAGAUGAAAAUUUAGAAUCUGUUUUAGUACAACGUACUAAAGAAUUUCUGGAAAAGCAUAGCAAAACUGAAGUAACAACUGAAAUGGUUGUAGAAGAUUUACAAGCAUCUGUUGGCAGUUUGCCAUCUUCUGGAAAUUGGCUUUGCAAGAUUGGCAAAAUCCAAGAACUGAUUGAUUCUCAUCGUCUAGCUUAUUCAAAUCGUGGGAUUGAGAACCGAUGA